AUGCCAUUCAUAACCAUAAACGGAAAAUCCAUCUUCUACACCAUAACACCGCAGACCGGAAACCUGACCACUCCCGUCACCACACUUUUUAUCCACGGUCUUGGUUCCUCUUCUAGUUUCUACCACACCAUCACUCCGGAACUUUCUACUCUGUCAACAUGCAUUGCAAUUGACACGUCUGGAUCAGGACUUUCGAGUCUAGGUGGUUCACCACAAACAGUAGGAUCGAUAGCAGAUGAUGCAGCUGCGCUUCUCGAUUCCCUCUCCGGUACGACGGUUAAUGAAAAGGUUUGGGUGGUGGGUCAUUCGAUGGGUGGGAUGAUUGCGUGUGAAUUUGCUAUCCGGUACCCGCGGGCUGUGAAGGGAUUGAUUUUAUUGGGCCCGAUUGAUCCCAGCCCGGCUCUCAGUGAGAUUUUCGUGAAGAGGAUCGCGACUGUUGAGACGGAUGGACUUGAACCUCUCGCGGAUUCUAUACCGAAAGCCGCUACGGGUUCCAAAGCAUCACAUACCCAACGUGCUUUCAUUCGGAGUUUGAUACUCGGCACGAGCAGUGCUGGUUACUUAUCUUUAUGUCAGGUUAUAGCGUUGGCUAAGAAGUCUGAUUAUGCCAAAAUUCAAGUACCGGUUAUGAUUCUGGCCGGCAGUGAAGAUAAGACAGCUUCUUACGAAGGCUGUGUAAAAAUUCAUGCUAAUAUUGGUGUGUCCGCAGAGAAGAAGUGUAUUCACAUCCUUCCCGCGGUGGGUCAUUGGCAUGCGAUUGAAGCGCCAGAGGCUGUGGCGAGGGAAAUCAUGAAUUUCUUUGAUAAGAUAGAUGAUAUGGAGCGUGAUGAGACGAGUUAG